AUGCUCAACGAAACGAUUUUCGGUCGUCAAGUCGCAGACGUGCGCGAGCACGGUCUGUUUGGGCGACCAUUCUGGCUCAACGCCCUCUAUGCUUUUCUGCUAUACUCGGCUUUCCUGGGCUACAAGUCUUAUUUCCUGCACAAGACGAGCCGUAUCCCGGGACCAUGGCAUCUGCAUUGGACGAUGCUGCCAGCGCUGUUCUACUAUGUUCGUGGCACACAGUGGCGAUAUGUCGACAAGCUCCACGAAAAGUACGGACCGCUCUUCCGUCUCGGUAGUCGACAGAUCUACGUUUCGGACAAGGAUGCGAUUCGACAACUGCUUGCAAAGGAGAAUCUCCCAAAAGUGAAUUGGUACGCUUCCUUGUCUCGCGACCCGAAGACGGCUGGCAUGUUCACUACGGUCAACAAGGAGUACCACCGUUCACGACGUCGUCUGAUGAGCCCGGCAUUUGCGGUCGAAUUUACCCGCCAGCUCGAGCCGUUCCUGGUGGAUGCUACCACGAAAUUAUUUGAGGGUUACCACCAGCGCGUUCAGAAAGCAUCCGACCCGUUCAAGCCGCUGCUCUUCAAUGUGUACGAGGAUCUGGCGUGCCUCGCCAUGGACAUCUUGGGUGAAACCGCUUUUGGAGUGAGCUUCAACCUGGUCGCUUGUCGAGACGACCCAGGCGCCGACCGCAAGUUCGCAGAUAUCAACAAGCUGUUGGCAAAGUAUCUUCACGAUGGCGGCAUUCGGUUUUUCUGCCGACCGUUUGACAAGUACAUGAAGCGCGAUCUGAACGUGUACAAGCUCACCAACCCUUUGGUAGACGCGCGAUUCGCCGAGACCGAAGCACGACGUGCGGCUGCUGGUGAUGCAGCCGAGCAGGUCGAGACUCGAGAGGACAUCCUGCAAUACCUCGUUGAUGCGAGCUUGGAGAUGCAAAAAGGUCAGAAGGAGAAGCUUACUCGAACCCAUGUUCGCGAUCAGUGUGUCGAGCUGCUUAUCGCUGGUGGAGAGACAACAUCCAACACAAUCACGUACAUCCUCAAGGCUCUUCUCGAGAACCCGGCCAAGCUUGCAAAACUGUACGAGACGAUCGAGCCCGAGCCGCUUGACGACGCUGUUCCGGGCUUUACCCAGCUUCCUGAAACGCCUUACUUGGACGCCUGCAUUCAAGAAGGAAUGCGUAUGUAUCCCGUCACCUCUGAGCUGGGCCGUCGCACGGGCAAAGAGCCGACCGUGGUGCUGGGACAUGUUAUCCCGCCUCGUACUGCGAUUUCGGCCUCUCUUCGAGCACUGCACUACUCUCCCAAGUACUGGGCUUCCCCCAACAGGUAUUGGCCGGAACGCUUCCUGCCUGCGGACUCGAUCCACUCGGCCUCAGAUCCAGCUCCUGCUGCCGACAUGGAAGCCUUUAUGCCUUUCGGUUGCGGUCCACGAAACUGCAUCGGCUCCAAGUUCGCCUGGCACGAGAUGCGCAUGGUGCUACACACGUUGUUGGCACGAUACACAAUUUCAGCGGUCGAAGCGACGGACAAGGUCGACUUUCGACAGUUUGUCACUUUCCAAUUGGCCAAACCGGAGUAUCGUAUUGCUGUGACACCCAGAAUGGCACUCAAGGCAUGA